GUGACAGUUUCUCCUAGUCGUCCGAUAAGACGAGAGCUUGGCGAUUUCCACCUCGCGCGUUUUACUCUUUCGGUGUCCGUCCAAAAGAUGUGAAAUCAGUCUAAAGUCGGAUGAGUUAUCCUAAUGGCGGGAAGCGAUAAGCCGUCCUUGCCGUAAUCCAAAAAAUUAGGAACUGCAAUCUCCAAAGUCGUUCGUGAAUAAGCGACCCUUUCUUAUCAGUGGCAGAUGAACAAGACCCGAUAACGGCCUCCAUUGGGUUCGGAAUUUCAGAUCAAGAAAAAACUUUGCUUCCAAAAUAAUCACAUUUUAUCGCGCAAAAAUACAAAGAUUGAUUACGACCAGCGACGUGUUUCGAGACUCGACGACUAUUUCGCGAGGUGUUCUGGAGUCCGCGGGGAGCUUGCACUGCGAUUGUUACAAUUCGGGUACAUAUUGUAUGACGGUUUCGGAGUGUCCCGUCGAAUCAUCGAAUCAGUCUCAGGUGAACGAACAAUGAGAAAGCGUGCGUUCGUGAGGAAUUCGAACCAAUAUUGCUUAGCGUAGCCAGAGCAGGUCAAUCGAACGACGAACGAUACUGCCAGUGAAGACGGCGACGGAUAUUGGAAGAAAGUGUGAACGCAUUCACGAUCAUCGAUCGAUCGAUCGUCGUCCGGUAAAAAUCGGUGCCACCUAGCGGUGCAGGGGUUGGCAGUGCAGUGAGGCGAUUGUCGGUGAUUACGGACACGGUGCCGUUUUCCUACUUGGGACGCAAUGGUGUUCCAUUGUACCUUGUGCGGAAUGGGUCCGCGGACUACCAUUCUGUUUGUCGGAAUAAUAUCGCUGGCAUUCUCAGCGGGAUACAUAUUCUUCACACUUUCCGGAGUCUUGGCACACAACUGCCAUCUAAACAUGACGACAUCUCCCCAGGAAUAUGGCAUUUACUUGUACUACCUCCGCAACUCAGAAUGUGGCCCCGUCAAUCUGACUUACUUGGGGAUGGACGGCAUUCCAGCUGAAUUCGUAGUUUCCGUGCCAGAUGUAUCUGCAGCAGCUGAACGGACGUAUAUUUUCUGUAUCGUCGGAUUGGUGCUGUUUGGAGUAUGGUUUGUUACUUCAUUUUUCUCAUUGAUUUCAAUAUGUACAUCAUGCAUAGGCCGAUGCUGCAUAGCAAUUGGACUAUACCCUUAUGUCAUCACUUCAUUUUUGGUACUUAUCUACACUGCAGUGGCCUUCGUAUACUACCUAAUCGAUUUCAUAAAAAGUUUCGAUCUUGAUUUUGUGCUCGAGUUCUUAGAAGUCCAUAACGCAGCUGAACUUGAACCUUUCUUAGGUCAACUCGAUGAGCUCCUGCUGGUGCUUCCUCCACUGGUGAUGUGGCUUGUGGCAGGGUUCGGAGUGUUCUUUUGGUUCAUGUUCCUAAUAUUUGCUUUUGUCAUGCUCGGCGUGGCAAGUCGGUUGUGGGCAGAAAAUAAACCAGCCCCAGCUUAUAACCGUACAGUGCAGCAAAACCGAAUUGUUGCACCAGUUGCAACGGCACCAGUCGAAAUGACAGAAGACACCAGAGUGGUUUACCCGGGCCCAGCAGUGGCAGCUAUUCGUUACAACGAUCCAGCACGGCAACAGAAUGAGCCACUACCUUACCAUCAACUCCCUCCCACGAUGGUGGAUGUUCGUAGGACUAUUGAGCCCCUAAAGAGUGGCCAUGAGCCCACGCAGGACCUGCAGAUCUCCACCGUUCCAUUGAACGACAAUCGCAACAACUAUCCCCAAGAACCUGCCUCACCUUUGCGACCAAGUUCCGUGGUCAACCCCUACACUGACAAGCGGUUUUCCUACAUGCCUGGAAAUCCACAACCCUUCUCGUACCUUGCGGGUCCUCCUCCGCAUUCCAGCCCGAGGAGCUCUACGAAACUUCCGGAAGUUCGAAACCAACUGCCAUGGAGUUACUUUCCACCGGUGGAGGAUUCCGCCAUAUCCAAACGGGUAACCUCCACUCUGACCGAAAAUAAGGAGUUUCCAGGACAAGAGAUUAGUGCCCCCAUAUCGAAAGCAGGUGCCAUAGACGAUCGAUCCAGUGACGAAGGAAAAUGGAGUGGUCCCGAGUACCGGUAUUGAACCCCGCUUCAACGCAUUGAAUCGACCAAAACCAAAGACGCCAUCAAUUGCGAUGCCAAACGAACGAUCAGUCAUCCUACUUAGCCUGUAUGAGACUUCUUAGUAAAUUGUCGUCCUCUUCCAUUGCUGCGCGGUGUGAGGAGUAUGAUUAGUAUGUAAGCCACUUGUGUAAGUGAACGAGAUGCCAAUAGAAUUGUUCUAAAUAUAUGUACAGCUCCUUUGGAGAACAGAGAAACCAGAGCAAAUAAUGUUUGAA